GAGGAGCCCAGGAACCGGUGCAGUUGGUUCGCAGCGGAGCAGGACUGCGGCCUGCUUCCAGCUAGGGGCGCCCUGGCACGGGUCGGAGAGCGGGGUUUGGCGAGCCGCGCGGCCCAGGAGCUCGGGGAUUCUGCAGUCGGAGCCGAGGGAGCGAGGACCGCGGCGGCACCGAGAGGCGCCAGGUCCUAGGUCCGCGGACCGAGGGGAGCGGCGUCCUCUGCGCAGGCGCGCCGCCCUCCGGGGGAGGGGCCUAUGGUGUAGGGGCGGGGCCAGGCCUGGUCCCGCCUCCGCGAGCGCCUGGGCGUCCAGGAGAGCUUGGCCCCCGGGCUAUUCUGGGGGCUGCAGUCUUAGGCGCCGCCCUAGAGACCCUGGGCUGGCGCCGGGCGCUGCUGGCUCUCCGCGUUUGCCUGUCCGUCUUUGUGUCUGUCUGUGUCUGUCUGGCCGUCUCCGAGCUUGCCUCACCUCCAGCACUAAGGCGCCUGGCACCGACACCCCACCACGCCAGCACCUCUCCCUCUCUGAUGGCAGGUUACCUACCCCCCAAAGGCUAUGCCCCUUCACCCCCACCUCCCUACCCUGUGACCACCGGAUACGCGGAGCCUGCGCAGCAUCCUGGGCCGGGGCAGCCUUCCGUGCCCGCCCAAGUGCCUCCCCCUGCACCUGGCUUCGCUGUCUUCCCUUCGCCGGGCCCUGCGGUCCCUGUGGUCCCCGUGGCCCCCGUGGCCCCCGGGCCUUCUGUCCCCUUCUUGCCACUGCCAGGGGUGCCUUCUGGUCUCGAAUUUCUGGCGCAGAUUGAUCAGAUCUUGAUUCAUCAGAAGACUGAGCCAGUGGAAACGUUCCUAGGCUGGGAGACCUGCAACCGCUAUGAACUGCGCUCAGGGGCUGGGCAGCCUCUGGGUCAGGCGGCUGAGGAGAGCAACUGCUGUGCCCGCCUGUGCUGUGGCUCCCAAAGGCCGCUUCGUGUCCGCAUGGCAGACCCUGGGGACCGGGAGGUGCUGCGCCUGAUUCGUCCACUCCACUGUGGCUGCCUCUGCUGCCCCUGUGGCCUUCAGGAGAUGGAAGUACAGUCUCCACCAGGCACCACCAUUGGUCACGUGCUCCAGACCUGGCAUCCCUUCCUCCCUAAGUUCUCUAUCCAGGAUGCUGAUAGACAGACUGUCCUGCGAGUGGUGGGACCUUGCUGGACCUGUGGCUGUGGCACAGAUACCAACUUUGAGGUGAAGACCAGGGACGAGUCCCGCAGCGUGGGCCGCAUCAGCAAGCAGUGGGGAGGGCUGCUGCGAGAAGCCCUCACGGACGCCGACGACUUCGGCCUGCAGUUCCCUCUGGACCUGGAUGUGAGGGUGAAGGCCGUGCUGCUGGGGGCCACGUUCCUCAUCGACUACAUGUUCUUCGAGAAGCGAGGAGGUGCUGGGCCCUCCGCCAUCACCGGUUAGAGGACGCCUCAGGGUGAAGAGACCAUCCCUCCGACCAGAAUUCCAGAUGGUCACUUGCUCUGGCCUGGCCUCUUCUCAGAGAGAGCCCCUUUCCUCCGUGUACACUGCGGGGGACAGACGGGGUUCCUGAGUGGCUGGGGGCCCUGGAGCCCCAGCCCUGCCCUCUCCCCUCGCCCCCUUCACCCGUGGCCCCACGGAAGGGUACGUAUAAGCGCCCUUUCCUGCUGCCGCCCAGUGGCCCCUUACACAAAGGCAUAUCGGCUUUCAACCUGCCCCUGACCUCCCCCUCCGACUCUCAGGGCCUCUGCACCAGCGAGAGGCCCUGGGAAUCCAGAACUUUGGUGUGCCACAGGGUUAGCGGGAGAAGAGCACAUAGCACCAAAGAUGGCGGGUACACUGCCUUUCCCCUGCAUCAGCUUGGCCAACGAGUUCAGCCUUAGACUAUGGCACCUUGGGGGAGCCCCACUCCCCACUAACAGCUGCAGAGGCUGGGCCCUCGUGCCAACCCUCCCUCCCCCUGGGCCCUGCCCACGGCUGGUGCUUGCUGCAGCUUCCUGUGCCUUAACCACCCCCGCCUUCCCUUGCACUAGGAAGGAGGCUGCAUCUUUGUACGUUGUAUUCACAUAAAGUUUGUAACUUUUUGAA